CACUGCCGUAGAUUGGAAACGGCUUUAGUCAUUGUUGGAUAUUCUUCAGCAAAAGUUUGUAAAAGUCUAAUCAUUCGAUCGAAAAAUGCUCGAUCCGGCCCUAGGUACCGCCGUAGUGAUCGACAACGGUUCCGGAUGGAUCAAGGCCGGGUUGGCCGGAGAGGACGAACCUUCCGCCGUAUUUCCCACGUUCGUUGCCGAGAACGACGAAGGACAUCGCAAUCCCGUCCGACUGGGCACGAUCAUCGAUUGGGACGGCAUGGAGAAGGCUUGGCAGGCCACGUUCCGCGAUCGGUUGAACGUUGCUCCGGAGGAGCAUCCGGUCUUGUUGACGGACGUACCGCUCAAUUCGAAAGCCUACCGCGAGAAGAUGGCCCAGAUCAUGUUCGAGACGUUCAACUGCCCGGCGGUCUACAUGGCGAAUCAGGCCGUGCUCAGUUUGUACGCAGCCGGACGAACUUCAGGGAUUGUGCUGGACUGUGGUCACGACGUGACCCAUAUCGUGCCUGUUUACCGUGGUCACGCGUUGUCCAACGCCAUCAAGAGGUUGGUCUUCGCCGGACGCAGCCUGACGGAUUACUUGGCUACCCUCCUGGAGGAAAAAGGGACUCCGGCGUUAGACCUCGAGACUGUUCGUGGAAUCAAAGAGAAGCUAGGCUAUGUUGCGUUCGAGUUCGACAAGGAAAUGUCCACGGCGACUACGGAGAAGUAUUACCAAUUGCCCAACGGAAAAAGCAUCACCGUUGGGCAGGAGAGAUUCCGCUGCGCCGAAGCCCUAUUUCAACCGGCCCUGCUGGAUUUGGAAAGUCCCGGCGUCCAUCAGGCGUUGUUCGAUUCGCUGAUGCAGUGCGAUAUCGACGUCCGAAAGGAGCUGUUCGGCAACGUGGUGCUUUCCGGUGGAUCUACCAUGUUCGGGGGAAUGCGUGAACGGUUGGAGCUAGAACUGCAAGCGCUAGCUCCGGGCACGGUUAAGGUCAAGGUGAUUGCCCCGGCGCAACGAGUGUACUCCGCCUGGAGGGGUGGAUCGAACCUGGCUUCGCUAGCCAGCUGCCAAAAGCUGUGGAUUACCCGGGAGGAGUACGACGAAUUUGGACUGGACGUUGUGCAGCGGAAGUGUUUGUAGUUUCCGUGCCGAUAAGUUUCAUCAACCAUGUAUCAUAAUCUCGUAAUAAAUAACAAUCAAUUCAAGCAA